AUGUCUUCAACUCCUCCGCUGCCAGAAUGGAAACUCCAGUUACUGGAGCGUCGACGAAAGGAGGAAGAGGAAGCCCGGCGGCGGGAACAGGAGCAGCAAGACCGCAUGGCUAAGAUGCCAGCUUGGAAACGGGAGAUCAUUGAACGACGCCGGGCCAAGCAAGGUUCCAGCACUUCUUUUUCUGAACCAAACGGACCAGGAGAAACUGAGAGUGGCCCAGCCUCUGUGCCUGCUGCAUCGUCAUCCUACCAAGAGGGGGAGCCAGAGAGUUCGGUGCUACAGGAGAAGAUUGGCCCAGUCCACCAAAAUCCUUUCAUUCAGCUGGAGAAGCGCCGCCAUCAUCAGGAGUCUGGCCCUCCAGAAAGCGAACUUGCGAAUACCAAAGCCAAACAAAUAGUGGAUCUGUGUGGGCAGAUUCCAGGCGUCCGGACCCUGCGGGCAGACAAUGUCAUUAUAAUAGAAACAGCCCAUGGGGCACCACCGGCACAGCUGGCUAGUGACCGCCACUCGGGAGAAGCCAAAUCAGGCAGCAUGGAGUCCCUCAACGAGCUCUUGGCCCGCCGUGGGGGCAGCGUGACCGAGAUCCGUGCAGGCGAGGUCUUCAUUGUCAAGUCGGCUUUGAGCCGCAGCGUGGAGGAUCUCAACGCCGUGGGCCGAGCUGAGCAUCGGGCAUCGCUGCCCGAGCAGCGCCAAGGGCGGGUGAGCAAACUGCUCAGCCGGUUCAGCCAAGAGGACGGUGGAGGGGUGGUGAUGCCAUCACACCCGGUGAAGUCCCUCAGCACUGAGAAUUUAACUGAAAGCACCUUUGGAGGAAAGAAGCCAGCCCAUUCUUCAGUAGACUUCACCUCAUCCCGGCUGCCUUGCGUCAGUCGCCUCCCGAGCCCUCCCUGCGACCUCCCGGGACUGACGUCCCCAGGGCCUUGCACUGUGGCAUCUUAUCGAAGCCAGUUUGAAGCUAAAUCAAGCGGUGGGGAGGGCUGGCCAGAUAGUCCUCCAAGGCGCUCGCCCACUGGGAAAAGAUGGGGAAGGGAGGCCGUGUCCCCAGACAGAGGACCCAGGGUGGAGAGCAAUGAUUUGGAGGCGGCAGUGGAAAGCCACCCAGCUGAGGAGGAUGUCCAGGGCAAAGCCUUGGCCAACCUGCACCUCCACUCCAGGAACUCCUUCAUGGUUGUGCCACUGCGGGCUUCAGCCUCCCCUCCCCCAGAACCCAAACAGGAAGCCAGCCCUUCUCCUCCUUCAGCCAAGCCCCCAGUCCCCACUUCCUGCUCUUCACCCAGCUGUGAACAACUUCUCCCGGACGCUGUGGAGGAGCCGCCGCCCGAGGCCGAGGCCAUGAGACGCAGCGGCAACAGCAAAGUUAAGGAGGAUGUCAGGAUGGGAGGCCUGGGCCGGGUCUCAUCCCCCCAUCCAGCAAUGCAGCGUCGCAGUGGCAACACCAUCACAAUCAAUCCUCGGAAGGCCUCCAUGUCACCUGUCAUGGCUGUGGAGAAUGGCAUCGAGAGCUCUCCGCCACUGGCUAUGAUGCCCAUGAAGAAACGCUACCCCACAGUGGAGGAGAUCCAGGUGAUUGGGGGCUACCUCUCCCUGCAGAGAUCUUGUCUUGCAAAGAACGACCGACAUCGGAAAAAG